UCUCUCUGCCUUCCUUCACAUUUCUCCUCACCGUCUCUUCACCCUUUUCUUGAACACACACAAUUCCUAUCUCAAAUUCCUCCUACAGAGCACACAAUUAUUAUUCCCUUCAUAACCCCCUUUUUGUCCAUCAGCUUGCUUUGUUUGCAGCCUUCAAUAUGCAGAGUACUUCAGCAGAUUCUCUGCCACCUUCACCAACUCAUGAACUUGACAAUAAUUCAGAACCUAUCCUGCAGACUUCAACAGACUCUCCAACACCUUCACCAACUUCUGAUGUUGGCAACAGUACAGGUAUAGUCAGAGAUGUAAUUUUAUGGAAGAGGAAGAGUUAUAGUGUUGGGGCACUAUUAGCAGCUACAACGAUAUGGUUGGCACUUGAAGUCUAUGGAUUGACGUUUAUAACGCUGGGUUCUUGGAUCGCCAUGUUCGUGAUUGCUUUCAUCUUUCUUUGGGGAAACAUACAUAUGCUCCUGGGAAAAGAGCCCCUGGACAUGUCAAGGAUGUACAUAAGCGAUGAAUCAGCUCUAGAAGCGGACACCAAACUUCGUGAAUGGGUUGAAAAAAGCGCAAGGCUUUUGUUCAGCGUGAGUGCUGAGAGAGAGUGGUUCGUCUUUGCCGGAACUGUAGCUUCUUUGGACUUGCUUUCGGUCUUGGCUAACCACUUUGAUUUACUUACGCUUCUCUACAUUGGAGUUCUGGUGGGGCUGACUUUACCAGUGGUAUAUGUGAGAUAUGAAGAUAGGAUUAAGGAGUUGGGGCAGCGACUAAGGGGCCGAUCUCACACAUAUUACAGCGCCGUGACGGAGAGAUGUCACACAUAUUACAGCACCGUGGCAGAGAGAUGUCGCACAUACUACAAGAUCAUGGCGGAGAGGGCGAAGAAAAUGAAGAGCAACCUGCAGGAGAAGAAAAUGAAAAAAACCGAGUAGUAAGUAAUUUGGGUUUGUUUUCACUUGAUCAUUUGUAAUAAAUUGGUGUGGAGUUUUAUAAAAUGUACCGAAAAAUGGGAUGGAGUAGUCUGUUUACUCCUGCUGUAAUUAGGUAUCUCUGCUUGAGGAAAUAUACUAAAGCAUAUGUAAUAAACGUUAGUUGUAUAAAUUUUAACUUAUGGAUUGUUUA